AUGGACACCGUCACGCUGUCGGACAUGAACGGCUUCGUGAGCGUUCCCAUCGAAGUCGACGAAUUCUACGGCGAAUUGUGGCUCAGCAGCGGCUGCCACGAAGGAUUCGACGUCGUCCUCGACGUUCCAAAGGCGUAUGCAUCCAUCGAGACGUAUUGCGUGGCCGAGCUGCGCAAGCGGUUCAAACGUGGUGGUUUCUUGGUGACACUCGCCCCCCUGAUCGACAAGCCCAUGGUUCGCACCAUCAACAAUGUCUAUCUGAGCCAUAUCCAGAGCUUGGAGCAAGGACUUGGACAUCAAGCCGCCCGUUCAUCGCUUGCUCAGCUGAUGGCUCUCCCGGGCAUGGCCACGACCACCUACCCCCAUAUCCACAGAGAUAUGGACUACCUGGAGAUCAAGUUCAGCAAAGUGGCCGACGAUCUUCAGGCCGCACGCCAGGCCGCAGGCAGACAGCUCAGAACGAAGCUGGUCCGCCACCUCGACGAAAUUGACGACAUCGUCGCACGAACGAGAGAAAUGCCGGAAAUCCAGUUGCACGCGGCCCAUGGCCAGGCGAUAGCCCUCCUCCUCCCCUACCUCGAACAUCUCGACGAGACAACGCAGCAGAAGAUGGUGGACGGCGCGAUUUCCCACCUCCUGAACAAGACUAGUGGGUUCGAACAAUUGGAUCGGAUGAAAACGUAUGUCGGGAGCAUGCGAAUGGCCAUGGACAAGGAUGCUGAAUCCCACGGCAAGGUUCUGGAAGCGUGGCGGACGGAGCUCCUGCGCGAGGUCCUGAGCUUCAGUUCCAGGCCGGAGCAGGCGGAGCUGAUGACAAUGGUCAUAGAUCUCAAACUGAGGAUUCAGUCCCUGGGCGAAAUGCUCAAAAAUGUAGAAUAG